CUGAUUGGUUUUCCACCAAAAAGAGAUUAUGGGAAGGAGCAGGGAAAAAGGAGACCGGAGCGUGGUUCCAGGGCUUCCCCGCAAGCAGCUCAGGUGGACUCGGCCGAAGGUUCUCUUCUCGGUCUAUUAGCUCAUCAAUUAGCCCAACUGAAACAGCUUUUGAAUGCCGAUUUCAAGAAGGCAGCGGCUGAACCGGCAUCAAAUAUGGCAGGACUUACCAUCCAGGAGGCUGAUUGGGAUGGGUAAGCACAUCGAUGGAUUAUAUUAUCUCAGGAUACUUGAAGCCAGUCAUGUCGUAGCACAUUCCGUUCGACGAUCCUUGGACAAGUCGGAGCUAUGGCACGCAAGGCUUGGGCAUCCAUCUUUGGCGAAGAUGAAUUGUUUGGAGAAAACUUUG